AUUUUAAAAGUGAAACUUCAGUCUUUAUAUUGUUCUACUUUAUAGUAUAAAAAGUCCAUCGUAAAAUAUGAUACUUUUGUCUACGUUUGGACUAAUUUUGUCAAUUGUUAUUCAAAGUCACAAUAGUGAUGGAGCACAACCGAUUACUGAUGAUGAAUUGAAAACAUUCAGUGAAACAGCUUUUGGAAAGGAUAACAAUAAUGGUUCUUUGCAAGUAGUUGUCAAGUCCCAAGCCAAAACAAGGGCUUAUUCUGACACUGACCAAGCACCUCUCCCGUUGCUGGAGCUAAAGCCCUCAGUACUGAAAGUGGCCACAGUAGCCCGUUUGAUGGCUCUCUAUGACAACUAUGAUCCAGAUACAACUCACAGUGAAGUAAUCACCAAUGCUGAACGGAAGGAAGAGUCUGAUUUCUUAGAUGCUGUAUUGAGUACACCAAUAUGGGCUUAUACAAACAGUUUUCUAAAGUCAAAAGGAUUUGUCAAUGGUACAAAAUCGGAAAUGAAGGAGUUGCUGAAUAAAAUAUGGUUCACUGUAUAUUCUAGAGGAAAUCGUAAACUAGGAUCUUCAGCAUUUGAACAUAUUUUUCUUGGAGAAAUAAAACGUGGAGAAGUCUCUGGAUUGCACAACUGGAUUUUCUUCAGCCAUGAAGAACAAAACAACCACUUAAACUACUUAGGCUACAUGCAGAUUACAGACUUCAAUGGUAAAGGAGGAGUGAUCAAACUACAUUACAAGUGGUUGGACAAGUCGAAGCCUGUCGGGACACUGUUUGUUGGCACUAGUCCGGAGUUGGAGCUGGCUCUAUACACCGUGUGUUACUUCGCUCGUCCCAACGACAAGUGUUACUUGAGACUCAACGGAAAGUCCAUCUACAUACAGACCUACACCUUCACUGCCAACAACCAGAAACUCAUAGGCAGUGCAUUCCCCAGCUCGUAAUCAUCACUCAAAUAACCGUCGCUCAAUAGUUAGAAGUAACUAAUUUUUGUAUACUUUGAAUUUUGUAUAAUCUAUUUACAUUUUAUAGCUUUUUUAAUUGACUAACACAGACAGGGUGUUUUAAGAAUUUAAAUGGUUAACGGGAAUAAGUGUCUUUCUAGUCUUUUUACCGAUAAAUUUUAACUGAAGAGAAGUGACAUAUACAUAGGGUUACCAUAAUUGGUUGACCCUACCCGGACAUCGGCCAAACCGGGGGCAGACCAGAAGGUUUUGCAAUAAAAGGUUUAAAUUACCUGUAUCCGUCAAGUGAUCCUGGUUUGUAGUUGAUUGACUACAGCCGUUUCAUGUUGUAAAAACACAUCUUCAGGUCAAACGUAUAUACAUUGAUUUAAUCCAUGGAAUGGUCGUCAAGGUUUAAAGUUCACAAAAAUAACACAUACACGUACACGAAAACAUUAAACAUAAAUUGGCCAACACAAAAAUACGAAAAACGCGUGAUAGGCAUCUGACACGUACGGCGCCGCUGUUGACGCUCUUGACGGAUACAGGUAAUUUAAACCUUUUAUUGUAAAAAUCAGUGAUCCAGAGGCUAUACCAUAAAAAUGAAGAAGGGUUUUUUUUAAUUAUACACUUAAAUUAGCAGUUUUAAGCAAUUUUGAGAGGUAAAACUUGUUAAAUACAGUGUAUUGUAAUUAAUCUAUCUUGAUAAGCAAGCUUUUCAGUUAAAGAUGUUAGAAUUGAGAUUUAAAAUUAUCAAUUUAUUCAUGUAUUUAUUUAUUCAUCAGAACCGGAUGUCACACCGGACACAUGUUCCAUAUCCGUACGUAAAAAAUAAUAAGUUUUGCAAAAUCUACAUAGCAGGAUUACUAUAUUAUCUUAAACCAAAAUAAAUUAUCUUUUACUAGGUAAAAAUUAUGUUUAAAAUAAUCUUGUUGAAGCCUUAGACAAGCAUUCCAAGAAAUUGGAAACACAAUGUAACCUCAUGUAAAAUUGUUAUGAGGAACCACACAAAUUUUCCAUUUCAAAACCAUGUGCCAUUGAAAUAUGGAAAAUGCAACAACAUUUUGCAAAAACAGUUAAGUUUCACUUAUUGCUGUCGAUUGAUCGGGUAGUAAUCUCAAAUUGUCUCAAGAUGUUUUUUUUUUUUUUUAAUACAUUGAUAAAAUGGGUUUACAUUUGAUCUGUGAGAUUAGUUAGUUUACAUUAAACAUCUAAUGGCCUGUACUUGGUGGCACUAAAACUUAUCUAGGCCUAGUUUUUUUUUUUUUUUUACUCAAGAACACAUUUACCAAUAAUUUGUUUUGUAAAUAUUGCAAGUUAGGCAGAGCAAACCUAUAAUAAGUUUCUUAGGGUAUCAAUUUCUGAAUUUGUUUUGACAGAGAAUGUUAACAUUUUAUUUUAAGUGCUGAUGCGCAUUCGGAUAUAAAAUACUUAAGUUGUUUUAACAUAUUAAAAAAAUUGUAAUGAAUAAGUUAAUAUUAUCACCAAUUAUUUGUCGGUUAAAACAAUGCUUAGUAUAUUAAUGAUUUUCACGGUGAUAGUUAAAAGCCUUAAUACUAGAAAAAUACUGGUAUGGAUCAUAAACAUAAACAAAUGACGUUUUUGGUCCGAAAGUAAACAAAACCCCUAUACUAAUAGCAUUACUUAAUUAACCUACGGUUUUGUUUACUUUCCGGUCAAAAACGUCAUUUGUUUGUGAUACAAUAGAACCCCAGUUAACGUUAAUAAAGGGGGGAGAGCCAUUUCUGAUAACCAAUUCUUCGGUUAACCCAUCGUAUGCUAAAAAUAGCCAAUGUAUCACCACAGUGUGUAGGAAAAAUUUAUUAAGAGAAUCUCUAUAUAAUUCAGUGUUUUAUUUCAGCUACAUAAAUGUUUCAAUGGGAUAGAAAAUACUUUAGACCAGACAAUUGAAGUUAUUAAUGCAUUUUGCAGCCCUAUAUUAUUUUAUAGAACCAUUUUGUUUAACCCGGGUUUCGGUUAAAAGGGCUUCUACUGUACAUACCGGGUCUUUUCUAGCAUUCGUUUUUAAAAGGUGAUUAUUGCCACAAUAGGCCUAACAUACAUUUUUUAAUGUUGCAUUACAAGAACUUGUAUGUUAAAUUUGUUACCUUUUUACUUAAACAUUCAAAAAGUGUAACAUCUGUGUGUGUGUGUGUGUGAAGAUAAUAUUCAAAUUACCUUAUAUAUGUUGUUUGUAUUUUACCUGUGAUUUAUACAAACCAUGGUGAUUAUAUUUUGUAUUAAUUUUUCAUGUUAAUUCUCUAUUCAUAGUUUUGUAAACAAUUUACUGUUACUAUUGUUUUUUAUAUAUUAUAAUGAACUUUUAAUAUGUG